AUGGUUAACGUUUUGAAUGUCAAUCCAUUUUUAGCUCCAUACUCAUCAUCUAUUUUGCAGAAAGAUCUCAACAAUUGGAAUAAGAAUUAUUUAUUGCAUGAAAAAUUUGAAAACUGGUUGAUUACAUCUUCCAUAGAAGUUUAUAGAAAUAUCUAUAUUGGAAACAUCAUUGAUUACAAUAAUGUGAUAUUCAAUUUUAAGCUUAAAUCAAAAAGAAAUACGUAUGUCAACUAUUUAAACAAUUUAAGAUUUGAAAAGAGGUUGUUGAGAGCAAAAUUGAAAAAGGGCACCAUUAUUACCAAUCAAAGUGUUGAGCAGCUUAAAAAAGUUAAGUCUCAAAUUAAAGCUGCUAGAGAAAAACUCGAUAUUCUUAAUCAUAAACUAGAAACGUGUGACGAGAAAAAUUAUAAGGUCUUGGUUAACUGUAAAGAAGGAGCACGCUUUCCAAGCUCUUCAUUCAUUCAAAAGUUGUUAACUAAAUAUUCAAAUGAUGAUGACGAUGAUACUUCCGAAGAAGAAGAGGAAGAAAUACUUGAGCUAGAGUUUCCUGCAUCUGGAUCAUAUAACUUAAGUCUAAUGACUACAAAUGAUCUUACUUCUAUUAUGAACUUUUUGAAAUUGUUGAAUGUUUUGUCAAUUAAAAGAGACUAUAAGAUUUUGAUUUAUUGUUAUGAUGGAUUUACACAUUUAUCAUUAUUAAGUUUGUUUUUGGAAAUAUUUAAAAACUUCAACACAUUGAAUAAUUCAAUCUUGAAGUAUCAAUUAAUUUAUGAAAAAGUUCUUUAUUUUUUCCCUUGUGAUUAUGAGAUAUUGACAUUUGUUGAGAAAAUAUUAUUGUAUUAUUCAUGGCAUUGGAUUUAUUCUAAUAUGAAUCCUCAUAGGCUUUUAUUUGACGAUCAAAUUAUAAAAGAAAUGGAGCUUGUUGAUAUCCAAAAUUGGUAUCUGAACAUUUAUCUUCAACGACAUUAUGUUGAUCUGUACACUUUUAUGACAAUACAUAAUUAUAAUAAAGAGCCAAUUACCAAUCCAACUCUUGAUGUUGAUUGGUUCAAAGUACAGAAUGAUAAUAAUUUACCUUCCAAAAUAUUGCCUUAUUUGUAUCUUGGAAAUCUUAAUCAUGUCAAUUCUAAAUCAAUUUUAAGAUUGUUGAAUAUCAAAUACAUAAUUACGAUUGGUGAGCAGCCUGAUUGGUUAGAUUUAUACCAGCCAUAUAAAAAUGAUUUUAAACCUGAGAAAUUGAUAAAAUCGUUAGCAUCAUCAAACUAUUAUUCAUGUCUUUCGUCAUUUGGGUUGAUAUCAGAAAUCAAAAAUUUAACAGAUGACGAUAUCAUUGAGAUUAAGAAUCCACUUCCUUAUUUAUUAGAGAUAUUUAGAAAUAGAAGUAAACAAGAAAAUAAUAGUUCUAAAGUUUUAAUCAAUUGCAAAGUUGGAGUUUCAAGGUCAGCUUCAUUAUGUAUAGCCGAAGUGAUGAAUUAUCUAAAAAUUUCAUUAUCCAGAGCCUAUUUAUAUGUUCGUGUUAGAAGAUUAAAUUUGAUUAUUCAGCCAAAUUUGAAAAUAUUCUAUAACUUAUUUAAAUUUGAGGAAGAGAAACAAAAGGAAGGGGAAAUAGAAAAGGAGAUAGCUUUGAGAAAGAAAAAGCCAUUAAGGGAAGUUGACUGGCAUAUUUUAUGUCAAGAAAUCGAUAUAUUGAACUCUCAUUACAUUAAAAAUUAG